GAAAAAAUCAGGGACCAGGCGCAAUUGGGUUACCUAAAUGGGAAACUAUAGCAGAGUGCAAAGGACAAGUGAAAAAAAAAGACAGGAACGAACUGAGCAGUCGCCGAACCUCGCAUCUAACGAAAGCCACCCAAACAAUGAAGCGCAAGGCAGAGCCCAAGGCGUCUGAGGGUGCGGACCUCGUGUCCAAGAAGCGCCGGCGCGACGAGGACGAGGACCCUGCGACCGCCGCCGCCGCCGCCGACGCGAAGUUGGAGAAGAAGGCGAAGAAGGAGAAGAAGCGGCAGGAGCGCGCGGCUGCCGAGGCCGGGAAGGAGGCGACGGCCGCCGAGCAGAACGGCGACGGAGAGGGAAAGAAGAAGAAGAAGGACAAGAGCAAAAAGCGCGCCGCCCAGGCCGACGAGACGGAGGAGACGGAGGAGACUGCUGUCCCCGCCGCCGCCGAAGGCGAGGAGGAGGAGCCGGCCAAGAAGAGGAAAAAGAAGGACAUACCCAUCCGGGCCAAGGAGGAUGAUGCUGCCGCCGCCGCCGAGGCUAUAAACGGGGAGGCCCCUGCCGCCGGCAAGGAGGAGAAGAAAAAGAAGAAAAAGAAGAGCAAGGAGGCUCAGGAGGAUGAGGAGGUCAAGGAGGCUGCCGGCGAGGCGGCGGACAAGAAGGCGAAGAAGGACAAGAAGAAGAAGAAGCAGAAGAAGGAGGAGCAGCAGCAGCAAGGGGAGGAGGCCGAGGACGACGAGGGCGCAACCGAGACCGCCGCCGCCGCCAACGGCGCCUCCGCCCCGACCUCGAAGAAGGAGCGCAAGAAGGCCAAGAAGGCCGCCGCCGCCGCCGCAGAAGCCGAGGCAGAUGGCGGCGAGGGCGACGAAGCCGGAGCGGCGGCGGGCAAGAAGGUGCGCUUCAUCGUCUUCGUCGGCAACCUCCCCUUCACGGCGACGGCCGAGGCGGUGCGGGCGCACUUUGCGACGCUGCGGCCGUCGUCGGUGCGGCUGCUGACGCAGCGCGACGACCCGGCAAGGUCGCGCGGCAUCGCCUUUGUCGAGUUCGACAACUACAGCGCCAUCAAGACGUGCCUGGCCAAGAUGCACCACUCCGAGUUUGACGACGGCGUCUCGCCGGCGCGGAGGAUCAAUGUUGAGCUGACCGCCGGAGGAGGCGGCAAGACCGAGGGCCGCCAGGACAAGAUCAAGGCCAAGAACCAGAAGCUCAACGAGGAGCGCGCGCGCCGCGUCAAGGCCGAGAGGGAGGCCAAGGAGAAGGAGGACGACCAGGACGGGAUCCACCCUAGCAGGAGAGCCCAGAUGAAUCGUCAGUAAAGCGGGCAAGGCCGAGGGAAGGGAGGAAGAGAGGGAGAGGCGACCCUCAUCACGACCUUGAUGAUGAGUGCGGAACAGGAAAAAAAAAUACAAGGGGGGGACAUUAUCUGUGCCUCGAAACGCCACUUUCGUUCACUAUUCUACUUUUCUCUCUCAUGUAUCACUGCCUGCCCGUCGUGGCUUAAUAGUCGGAGCGUCGCACAACACAGCGAUGUAUACAAUCAUGUCCACUUGUUGAAAGCGCUGGAACGGUCCCCGUGCGCUCACCGUUUGCCAUGUGCCAUACUGCCAGGGUAUGUGAUUCAUUCGUGC